AUGUCCGGCGCCGAGGAGGCCGGCGGGGGCGGCCCGGCCGCGGGGCCUGCCGGUGCCGUGCCGGCCGGGGUCGGGGCCGGGGCCGGGGUCGGGGCCGGGGCCGGAGCGUCUGCGGGGCCGGCGGCGGCGCUGGGCGAGGCGGCGGGGCCCGGGAUCCCAGACGAGGCGGGCCUGGCCGGCGCACGGCAGCUGCAGGAGGUGGCGGGCGACUCCGAUGCGCCGCCCAAGAAGCGGUUACGGGCGGCCGAGACGGCCGAGGCGGCGGCGGCGGCGGCGGCGGGCAGCGGGAAGCUGGAGGAGCGGCUCUACUCGGUUCUGUGCUGCACGGUCUGCCUGGACCUGCCCAAGGCCUCCGUGUACCAGUGUACUAAUGGUCACUUGAUGUGCGCUGGCUGUUUUAUCCACCUACUAGCAGAUGCCCGGCUGAAGGAGGAGCAAGCCACGUGCCCCAACUGUCGUUGCGAGAUCAGUAAGAGCCUCUGCUGCCGCAACCUGGCCGUGGAGAAGGCUGUGAGCGAGCUGCCCUCUGAGUGUGGCUUCUGCCUGUGCCAGUUCCCCCGCUCCCUCCUGGAGAGGCACCAGAAAGAGGAGUGCCAGGACAGGGUGACACAGUGCAAGUACAAGCGUAUCGGCUGCCCAUGGCACGGCCCUUACCACGAGCUGACAGUGCACGAGGCCGCAUGCGCCCACCCAACCAAGACGGGCAAUGAGCUGAUGGAGAUCCUGGACGAGAUGGACCAGAGCCACCGCAAGGAGAUGCAGCUCUACAACAGCAUCUUCAGCCUGCUCAGCUUCGAGAAGAUCGGCUACACAGAGGUCCAGUUCCGGCCGUACCGCACGGACGACUUCAUCACGCGCCUGUACUAUGAGACGCCGCGGUUCACGGUGCUGAACCAGACGUGGGUCCUGAAGGCGCGCGUGAACGACUCAGAGCGCAACCCCAACCUGUCGUGCAAGCGCACGCUGUCCUUCCAGCUCCUCCUCAAGAGCAAGGUAACGGCACCCCUGGAGUGCUCUUUCCUGCUGCUCAAGGGCCCGUACGACGACGUGAAGAUCAGCCCUGUCAUCUACCACUUCGUCUUCACCAACGAGAGCAACGAGACGGACUACGUGCCGCUGCCCAUUGUCGACUCCGUGGAGUGCAACAAGCUGCUGGCCGCCAAGAACAUCAACCUGCGGCUCUUCCUGUUCCAGAUUCAGAAGUAGGCAGCCCCGUGGUGCUGCCCACACCUGCCCGGCAGCGGCUUCACGGCGCCAUCGCCCAUCUCAGCCAAGAAGGAGGAGGAACAGAAGCGAACACUGGGACGUCUGCAUGCGUGUGCGAAGGUGGGAGCGCCCCCCUCGCCCUCUGCCCCACCUCCCCUGUCCUGGGCGCUGGAGGCCGGGCCACCGCAGAGGAGACGCUCGCUGCUCGGGGACCCAAGGGGCGCGGCGCAGCACGGCAGCCUGGCCCCGGCCCCUACCGUGCAGCGGGCCACAUGCCUGCUCUGGGCCACACACGGGGCUGCGCAUGGCCCCUGGGCCAGGCUCGGGGGCGCUGACCUCAGACGGCAUAUUUGAUUGCAAUUAAAAAGGCACCCUUGUUUCCUACUUUCUGUUUUGUUCGAGGGGAAGGCGUGGCUGUAAUUGGACAGAAUGGGGUCUUCAGUUUGGCCAAGGGUCAGAGCCCGCCCAUCCCUGUGACUGCACCUUCACGUGCCCCGCCCCAGGAGAGACUUGGAGUCGCUGCCCCCUCUGUCACAGGCCUGGGCAGGGGAACGGGCGGGGGCGGGGCUCUCACUAGCUCCAGCACAUCCCACCCCCCAGCCGCUCCAGGGAGGCAGGACUUGGCCACCAGGGCUCAGCAGGCUUUUCGGAAUGCAGGGUGAUUUUCUGUCU